AUGGAAAAAGCGGAACUUUUGAAUAAUCAUUUUUCUCAAGUAUGGACACCGUCAAUCUUUAUUUCAAGUGCUGCUCUUACUCCUCGUAAAGAGCAACAAAUCGGAGUACUACCGAUUGAAAGAGAACUUGGAAGCGGAGGUUGUGGUGUUGUUUAUAAAAUUCAAAAUGCAGCGGUUGCAGUUAAAGCCGUUUAUGUUCCAUUCGUAAACAAAUUUCGCUUAAUGGAAACAGAAUCGAUUAAUUAUAAGUAUUAUCCAUUGAUUAAAACAAGGCUCGAGACAAGUACUGACGAUAGGUGUGAUUACGUUAUAGCAUAUGAUUUAAAAGUGUCACACAACGAUAUCAAACCGGAAAAUUUAUUAAUUCGUAAACAAGAUAAUCGUGUAAUAUUAAUUGAUUUUGGUAGUAUGACAUUUGUUAAUCUAUCAACAAACUUUCUCAAUGGAAAUCUCAGGACUUCUGUCUAUUUACCAAGAGAAUUUUGGUCAUUGGAACAAAUACAAAAAACACCAGCCAGUGGAGAAAAAAUAGAUGCAACGUUAUCAUUUAUUGUUGGAAUAUUUUAUUUGUUAUUUAUUACAUCGGAUUUAAAAAACGCAGACGUAAAUAUGGUCCUGGCUGUCAUGCAAAAUCUAAAAUUCUAUCAAGACGUAAACUACUUAAAUAUGGCCAAAUUUAAACCGUCAAUAAGAGAAAUGAUUAUAGGUGAGUAAGUGCAAAAUGAAUACCCUUCUUACUAAACAUGUACAUGCAUUUAUUGACAAGCAAAGUGCAUUUUGAUUACCAAACCAAUUAAAGAAAAUUUAAAUUAAAAAAAAUAUGUACAAGAAGAAUAUAUACUAAUUUAAUACCAAAUUAAUUAGUGAACAGACAACAGAAAGAAUAUUCGAACGCAAGAAUGGAAAGUAU